AAAAUAGUACAUUUUGAUCUAAAAGGAGCGCCACCUAAAUUGGAUUAUUACAAAGUGUUGUUUGGACUACUAAAUGCCUUAAAAGUGGAUGCAGUAUUGAUGGAAUACGAGGACAUGUUCCCAUACGCCAAUGAACUGGGUCUGUUGAGGAGACACAACAGCUAUUCAGUUACCGAAUUGCAAUCCAUUUUACAGCUGGCGUCCGAUAACAACUUAGAGGUGAUUCCACUUGUGCAGACUUUUGGACACUUGGAGUUUGUAUUAAAGCAUCAGAAAUAUGCGUCACUGCGUGAGGAUCCAAUGAAAUCAGAUACAGUGUGUCCAUCAGAUAACAGCUCUUGGAAUUUGAUUACGGAAAUGCUAAAGCAGGUAGAUGAUGAAUUGAAUAACACACAGUUGCAAAAUAGGAGUCAGCGUCUCCUUUUGACAUGA